AUGCCAAUUCAAUCUAAUGAAGUAGAACAGGAUGCACAACAAUGCAAUGUGUAUAAGGAGUUGGAAGAAUUUGAAAAGAAGCUAGCAGCAGCAAGAAAAAGGACAAGGGAUGCUGAUUAUUUGGACAGAAAAUUAGUAAUUUCUGAUUCCACAGAAUUUGAGAGACACUUUGAUAAUUUGAGUGAAGCAAUAGCCAGAUUGCUUCCAUAUCACACAUUUUAUGUUGAUGAGAUAAAAUCUAAUAGAGUUUUGGAGGAUUCUAACAAGAUAUUGGAAAGAAAGAGACGAAUUAAGAAUAUUGAAGAUUCUAUUAUGAGUAUUAGUACCAAUAGUCCUUCAUUUAUUUUUAAUGCGUGCAGAUAUGGGUUCGUUAGGUUCAUCCAUUCUUCUAUGUUAAUGGAAUUGGAAAGAAAUAAAAAAGAGCUUGCUCAGCUACAAGCUUUGGAACUUACUUGGAGGUAUCCAAUGGAAAACAGUCCAAAUUUUCCAAAUGAAAAAAAUAUUAUGAAUAGUUCCUCAAUAUUACCAGGCUCAACAUUAAGCAAUUCAAACCAUUUGGGUGCAUCUCAUUUUGAUCAUAGUAAUGAACUAUUAUACCGAAAUGUUAUGCCUAAGAAUCGAUUUAACAACUCAGUACCCAACAUGGUUGGAAAUUAUAGUAUGAAUAAGCACUACCUUGACACUAGUGACAUUUUAGGAUAUGAGAAAGAGAAGGAUAUACUGCCGAACAACAUUCCAAGCAAUAACCAUAUUUCUCAUAACUCAAACUUAGAAAGCAUUCACUUACCAAAAAUGAACAGUAGUGCCAACAAAAGCAUGGAAUUAUAUUCCCUGCCAUCUGAUAUGCUAAAAAGCGAGAGGUUUUCUAAUAUUAACAAUAACUAA